AUCAGGGGACGUGUCGUAUGGUGGUGAAGUGGGUGUGUUGUAUAGCCUGCGAGACUGCAGACAGACCCUGUUCUUUUAAUCGUUGGCCCCGCCGCCGUUUUCGUUAUUGAUGCGCGGUGGCUAGCUACGUCAGCACUAUCUCGUAAAGUGAAGCGGUGCCUAUUGUGACCAGAGUGCCAAGCAUCUGGGGAGCCCUACUUUAAAGGUGUGUGUGUGUGUGUUUGUAGGUGCACCUCACCGCCAUUAUUUGUAAAGUAGUAGCGAUACACAACUGCUAACUCAGAGGAAUAAUUUAGGCAUAACAUUAACAUUAGAUGGGGGGACGCUAACGUUAUAGCUAACGGUGGCUAACGUUACUGCUGCUAUUGAGUUUCAGUGUUCACGCUCCAGCUAACCUAACGUGCAGUGAUGAAAAAGUGAGCAACUGUCAAUCACCCUGACAGCUCAGCCUCCUUCCCAAACCAAGGUCAAGGGCUAACUAAUACAUCCACGACGGACAAUGCGAAAAUACACCACUGUGAAUGGUAUCCAGGAUCGAUUGUAGAGGGUAUCUUAUUUGUCUCCAGAGAAACACGUUGGACCAUUUGUCGCCUAAAUUGGUGCAGGAAUGAACGAGGAACUACUUGAGAACGCGGCCACUGGCCAAGAGCCUGUGGAAGAAGAUGUGGGACAAAGCACAGAGAAGAAGACCAGUGAAGCAGAAAACGCCUCUGAGGCAGCACCAGCACUGGAGCCCUUGGCACCCUCAGACAGACUCUGUAUGAAGGAAAAUCCUAGCUCAGAUCCAGUAGAGGAAAUUCCGGGAGAGGCAAUGGAAGCUAAGGCCACUGGUGGCGAGCCUCCUGUUGACUGGUUUGAGCCACUUGAGGAGGAUGAUGAUGCCAAUAGCCUUGAUAGGAAUGAUGCAGAGGAAGAAAGCCUGGCAGGGGAAAGUGAAAGGAGUGAGAGUGUGUUGGGCACCGAGAAGAACUUGACCAAGAUUUAUCAGCUUCAGGUUCCCCGCCGUAAGCGUUCACAUCCUGAUGAAGGAUGGGUUGACUGGCCAAUACUUGGAGAGGGUUGGAAACGCAAAGAAGUUGUUCGGCGCUCCGGUAGUAGCAUGGGACAGAAGGAUGUGUAUUACAUGAGUCCGAGGGGUGAUCGAGUGAGAAGCAGAGUAGAACUGAUUUCAGUGAUGGAGGGGUUUCUUGACUUGUCAACCUUUGAGUACAAGACGGGAAAGUUCCUCGAUGGCGAAGCACCACCCAUAAGAGUUCGAAGCAGAGCGAAGAGAAAGAUCCGGGAGCGUUCUUCCUCAGAGUCCAGCUGGAUUGACAGAGGGGAUGGAGCUGACACCCCAGACUCCCACCACAGACUCACCCUCAAUCUGGGGCCCAAAAACCUCCACUCCAACCAGACAUUUGUGUCCAUGCACAGUACAAUGGGAACUCAAAACCAAGAGUCUCGCAAAGAGGAUCCACAUGCCGAAGAUAAAAUUAAAAUUCCCCUUCCCUCGUCAUCCAGGCCGGCCCUGCUUCCCUCCAUAAAUGGAGAAAUUGGGUCAGAAGACAGCACUCUGGUCUGUGCCAAAUGUAAUAUUUCCUUCACAGGCACAUGGUAUGACAAACAAAGGAAGAGGCCCUGCUGUCCCACCUGUUGGGCUGCCUCGAAGACAAAAGAGCAUCCGAUGAUUCGCUUCAGAAAGUGGAUUCCUUGUGGACAGUGCGUGGGAUGCCACAACACAGUGAACUGCGGGCAGUGUGCAAACUGCAAGCAUGGACUGCAGAGCCCCGAGUCUCGGAAACGCAUAUGCCGGAAACGGAAAUGUAUAUGUCCUAUUCGCAAGGGCCCUGGAAGUGGAGGCUUCAUGCAGCAGAGGCCGUAUAAUGACAUUACUGAACCAUAUGAUGACAGCAUGAGUUUCCAGAGUGAAGUUACAGACUCACAGCACCCGAGUCUCAAAAGCAGCGACACAGAGAACUUCUCAGUUAAUGUGGACGUUGAUGAUGAGGAUGACAUGUCGACGGACGAUGACGACGAUUGGCAUAAGAAGCGGAAGCGGCGAUCCUGUGGAGAAUGUAAAGCCUGUCUCUGCAGGAAAGACUGCGGCACAUGCGAUUUCUGUAUAGACAAACCCAAGUUUGGAGGCAGUAACAAGAAGAGGCAGAAGUGUCGACUACGUCAGUGUCAGAGACAGGCGAUGAGACACUUGCUGCCUUUCCAGAUGGGACAAGGUGACUAUGGGCCAGAUGGCUCGAUGCUGCCCGGCAGGCCUAGACCUCACUACACAUAUAGCCGAAAGUCAAAUUUAAAGAAAAACAAAGGAUCGCAGUCUGGCUUAGACUUCACUGACAAUGAAGAUGAUGACAGCAACUUUCAAGUAAUGAACUGGAGCUCCGAGCCUCCCAGUGGUAGUAAAUAUCCCUAUGAGCUGAAUUUAAGACACCACCAAUCAUCUAUGCAGCAGUUGAAUCAGUUGGAUUUCGACCAGCGGAACGGACUCCUUGACAGAAUCUCUCACAUCAGCCACCACAGCUCUGAACUAGACCAGCUCAGCAGAUGGAAUGCAGAGAAAUGCCACGCAGGUAGAGAUGGUCAGAAGCAUGUUGAGGAAGAGGAAGAGGAGGAAGAAGAAGAAGAGGAGUUGCCCAUGAUCACACAGAUCUUCAGUUUGGCUGAUAACCCAGCAGGGAGUGGUGCGGACAUUGAAAACCAGCUAAUGAAACUGCUCCACUCUUUGCGCUCCUCUGUACUGCCAAUCCUGUGGUAUGCCAUAAUGGUGGAGGGCCCGCAGCUGCAGCUCAUCCAGUGCUCUAAACAGUCGGGCAUGACUGACACCAUGGUGCUGAUCGACCCAGGCUUCUGCUAUCAGGUCACCGUCCAAAAGCAGCCGCUGCUCCCCACCCACCCGCUGUACGACAAGCACCCAGCGUGCUUAACCUCGGUGACUGAGGUGGUCGACCUGCUCUUGGGGCUGGAGAAGUACGUUGUGUGCCAGGGACUGCCCCCCAAAGAUCCAUUAUCGAAUGAAGACCCACUCAUACUCGAGCGGGCGUCAACAUGUGAUUUCUUGGUUAAGAGGAAAGUGAACAUCUGUACUAACUGCAGAGCGCUGCAAGGACUUUAGCUUCAGCAGAGAGAGAAGGAAAUCUGUGGCCGCAGUGGAGACCACCCAUUUUCUUCUUUUUCUUUCUGUCUUUCUUUUGGUGGUGAUAAAGGAUGUUUUACAGAUUUACCUCUGGACUGUAAUAGUAUGAUUUGAUUAUUUGAAGAAUCACCAAAGGCAUUCCCGGUGCUGUGACAUUAUAAUCCAGACGUGUUUCUUCUCAGAUGUUAUUUUGGUGAAUGGAUUUUCUGCUAACUGUUGUGUCUGAUUUUGGGCAGUGGGAUGGGUAGAGCUGAAUUCUGUUAGUCCACUGUGUGGUUAGUGUGCGGUUGGUUGAUUCACACCUUUACUUGAGGAAUCUACGACCCUCGCCCUCUCACCGUUACUACACUUUUUGAGUGGUCAUUUAACCCCAAAUGAUGUCUCUUUCAGCCCAAAAAUGUUGUUAUAUGUUCUGCAUCUUUUCAUUGGACAACAUGCCAACAGUGUUGCCAUGUAUGGUGUGUACACUAUUUAAUAGAGUAAACCAGAAGACUUUUGGACAAAAUAAUUCAUAGUAAAUGAUGUAAAAUGAUCACUGCAGGAGCUGUGGUGGCUUUCUUAGUGUUUGCUUGACUCGUAGCAUUUAAGUGAAUUGGUAGGUGCAGGAAUGGAAAAAGGAGAUUGUGAAAUAUGCCUUGUAUACCAGACCCUGAUUUCAUUAGACAGAUUUCACUGUUUUAUAUAAAAAAAUGUAUUCACUUC